GGGGCAGCGGUUGCCUCAGCGCCAGGUCCAGGAGGCCAGGACUGUGUGCACGACUGGGAGCCUUUGAGAGGCCAAAGCAGCAUGGAGAGUGAACAGAGAGUGCCCCGAAAAGGCCGCAAGCUGGGCUCUAGCCGCCGGCGGCAGAUGCGAGAACCAGCUGAUGGCCAGGAUGCCCCCGUGGCUUCAGAGCCAGAGCCCUUGUCCUCAGAGGUGGCCGUGGAGCUGCAGCGUUUCUUCCAGGACUGUGGUGCCAAGGAGAGGGGCUUUGUCACCCGCGAGGACCUGGCGGUGGCCAAGUUCAGCUUCGUGGGCAGCGAAGAGGAGCUGAGGAUGAUCUUUGACUGGGUGGAUGUGGAGCAGAAGGGACGCCUCUCUCUGGAAGAAUUCAGCUCUGGGCUCAAGAACACCUUCAGCUCCAGCCUGGGCACCCACAGGCUCCACAGGAAGAGGCCACUGUCUUCCAAGAGAGAACCUGCAGCUGCCAGUUUCCUGGCACUGGAGGAGGCUGACCAUGAGGAGAAGGAGGCGUUCUUUGCCUUUAUCCAGCAGCUGGGGGCAGGUGACGUCCUCCCAGAGCAGGCAGAGAUCUGGGAGCUGUGGGGGAAGCUGAGGCAGGAGGAGCCCCAGCUGGCAGGCAACCUGGAGGGCUUUCUGGCCAGGAUGACCAGCCGCCUGCAGGAGGCCCGGGCUGACAAAGAGGUUCUGGAGCUGACGCUGAGGAAGCGGCACUCUGACCACCACCGGGAGGUCCAGCAGCUCUAUGAGGAGAUGGAGCAGCAGAUCCGCCGGGAGCAGCAGCAGCUGCAGGCUGAGAGCGACUCCCGCGGCCUGGCCUUCAGCUCCCAGAUGCAGCAGGCCCUGGAGGCCAAGGAGCGUGAAUGUCAACGGCUCACUGAGGGCCAGAGGGAGCUGGAGGCCCAGCUCCACCGCCUCAGCAGCACACACCAGGAGGCCAGCUCUGAGAACCAGCAGCUGCGGGAGACCGAGCAUGACCUGGCUGGGCGGCUGGAGGAGGUGCAGGGGCAGCUGCAGGUGACCAGGGGGCAUCUGAACGCCGCCAGGGGCCACGUGUCCUGGCAGAUGGAGGAGGAACCAAGUGUCCCCCGAGCAGGUGAGGAGAAGGCUCCAGAUGCCCAGGCAGUCCCCUCUGAGGAGGCUCCCCUGCCCGGACUGUUUGGGGAGGAGGAUGACUGGGACCAGCUCCUGAGCAGCUUCAACACCUCCUCGCGCAGAGCUCUGCAGCUCUCCUGGAGCCCACCUCCCACCCCGAGGACCCCCUUGGGCCCCCAGACACCCCGAGCUGUCAGGCAGAUCUCCAUCUCAGAGCCACGUGCUUUGCCAUUUGGUCAGGAGCCACCUUCAGAUCUGGAAGGGGCUCCAAGGGGCCCCGCUGGGGCACCCUCUGGAGCCAAGGAAGUGAAAGGAGUGGGCGCAGAUGGGCAGGAUGACAGUCCAGAGCAGCCUGUCCAGUCUCGCAGCCUGGAACCUCAGGAGGAGUCAGGGUCUGGCCCUGAGGCCCUCUCCCUCUGGAGUUUCCAAGGGGCCACCACUGGGGAGUCAGGGAGUCUGGUGGCAGCUGCACUCAAAGUGCUCAUUCCUUUGGAGGAUGCACCUCCUCCUCUGGUGACCUCUCCCCCUCCCCAGGCCCCAGCUGGGCCCAGUGAACAGCUGCAGGCCUCAUACCCAGGUGACAAGAGCCCGGGGCCCGGGCCUGUCCCAGACAAGCCGCCCAGGCAGACAGAGGCCCUCCAUUGGGACCGGCAGGAUCCUGGCUCUGAGCCAGGACUGGGGUCCCCGGGAGCUGAAGUCCUUAUACCAGGGCUGGCUGGGCCCUCCCAGGAUCCCGGGCCUGUGGGUCAGGCUCCCUCAGAGGGGCUGGAGCCGGCCUGGUGCAGCCCUGGUGUGCAGGGAAGCCAGCCCGGGGGGCCAACAGAAGCUCAGGGCCAGGUGUUUGGGCCAGAUGGGCUGUCUGGCCUCUCCCUUGAGCGUCUGGAAGAGCCCAGGGUGGAGGGAAGGAACCAGGUAGGCCGAGGAGGACAAGACCUCAGUUCAGAGCAGUCAGCUGGGGCUCACGGCCUGAAAACUGGGCAUUCAGAAGCCCCUCCUCCUAGAACGGGGUCACCUCCCCUGGAGUCUCCCCUGGAGGGGGCUCAGCCUGGGGACGGAGCAGAGCCCCAGGAGCACCGGCACAGCCCCCCCACCACAGUGGAGCUAGAAGCUCAGCCCAUGCCCUCACCUCCAACUGCUCAUACAGAAGAACAAGGCUCCCUUCGAUCCAGGGAGCCAAUGGCAGAGAACAGGCCCGAAGAAGACCCAGGAAGUGAGCCCGGGGAGGCUGCGCUGAACAGGUCCCCGGAGUCCCCCGCGGCCAGCGAGCCUCUAGCCGACCCCGAUUACCUCUUCCAUGUCAUCUUCCUGGGAGACUCCAACGUGGGCAAAACAUCCUUCCUACACCUGCUGCACCAGAAUUCCUUUGCCACCGGGCUGACAGCUACUGUGGGAGUGGAUUUUCGGGUCAAAACUCUGCUGGUGGACAACAAGUACUUCGUCCUGCAGCUUUGGGACACAGCUGGUCAGGAGAGGUACCACAGCAUGACUCGGCAGCUGCUCCGCAAGGCCGACGGCGUGGUCCUCAUGUACGACAUCACCUCCCAGGAGAGCUUCGCCCACGUGCGCUACUGGCUGAACUGUCUCCAGGAAUCAGGGCCCAAUGGGGUGACCAUCCUUCUUCUGGGAAACAAGACGGACCGUGAGGAGGAGCGGCAGGUGCCCACAGAGGCCGGCCAGCAACUGGCCCAGGAGCUGGGAGUCUCCUUUGGAGAGUGCAGUGCUGCCCUAGGUCACAACAUCCUGGAGCCCGUGGUGAAUCUGGCUCGGUCACUCAAGAUGCAGGAGGACCGCCUGAAGGACUCGCUGGUGGAGGUGGCCCCUAAGAGGUCACAGAAGAGAGCUGGCUGUUGCUUCUGACCAUCUGGCCCAGCCAGGGUAGGACGGCCACCCCUUGGGCUUCCUGUUCCUCAGCUCCUGUCCCACCUGCCCAAAUGCAGCAGUGACACAGAUGGCCAGCUUGAAAGUUCAGGAAGAUCUCCCUCAGGUCAAGACUUGGAUCCCAGGGCAGGGGCUGCAUGGACACUGCUGCCCUUGCACUCUGAAGAAGGAUUUGAUGGGGGUGGGGGUUGGUGGUUCAUGGUGAAAACCCUCUAAAGAAAGGAAAAGUCUAGAAAAAUGAAUUAAGGAAAGCAUACCAUAUCAUUGGCCACAUAUCUCUGUGUGGUAAAAUUAUAGGGUGAAUAUGUGGGGGAGUCAUUUCCUUUUUUAUAAGUAUUUGUAUUUCUCUAUCUUUGGCAAAGCUUGGGUAUUCUUUAUAUAGUCAAAAAUAAAAAUAAAUGCGGAGAGGAGGGAAAGAAACUUUCCGAGGAGCUUGCUUUGGGGGCUGAUGACUAAUUGAUACAACCUGUUAAUUACAAAAUACUCUUUA